AUGACCACCGAAGUUUCACGAGUCGGAAGAUUGCGACAGUCUUUUAGGCACAAGGUGAGUAUUUUCAGGUUUUGUUGGAAAUUUCGAGAUUUUCAGGCACAAAAUGUGAGGGAAGAUGUGCAGGAAAGAUUGAGGAGGGCGAGAAAAGUUCCAAGAUGGGUCAGGAUUUUGAGAACGGUGAGCUUUUGCAAAAAUUCAAAAAAAAACUUUUUUGAAAAUAAAAAAAAUUCCCGCGUGAGGUAGGCAGCGUGCACGCGGAGUAUCGUUGUUUUAUUUUUAUUUUUUUGCAUUUGAAUUUUUUAAUAGGGGUGCAGACUUCUCAUUUUCGAAUCAACGUUCCAAUUAAACCACGAUUUUUGCAGAUCUACUAUGAAUACGGGUUAAAACACGUGUGCUUGAUAACAUUGCUCAUAUUAUAUCAAUUCCUAGGCGCUGGAAUUUUCUAUUUCUGCGAAGCUGGCUACGAUGAAGAUAAGGAAAAUACAUGGAACCUAAAGUGAGUUUUUGUUUCACCAAAAAAAUUUCGCAAACUUCCCCGGGGAGUAAAGUGGAAGUAAUUUGUCAACUCGAACUUUUUCAACAAAAAGACAAAGAAGCUUGCAGAAUCGCUGAAAAUCGUACCAAAUUCGUAGAAGAACUCAUCGUCCCAAAACUUUUCAACAACACAAAAUACCUGUUUUUUCUGUCACAAAAUCAGACAGAAGAAGUGUCGACAAUUCUUCACAGCCUGGUUUCGGGAUAUGAGAAACAGUUGGGCAUUCGAUAUACGGAUCAGAAAAUUAAGUGGGAUUUUUGGAAUGCGAUGUUGUAUGCGCAGACGAUUUGCACGACGAUUGGAUAUGGACAUUUGUAUCCAUCAACUGUGCCGGGAAGAUUGUUCACGAUGAUUUAUGCGAUUUUUGGGAUUCCAUUAGUUUUAUCGAUUUUAGAUGAUUUGGGUGAGAUUUUUUGUACCAGAAAUGUUGAAGAUUUUUUUCACAAUCAUAAAACAUCUGGAUUCCAGGAAAACUUCUAACCCGCUGCUUGAAAACCCCUUGGUGGCUCCUCAAAUGCGGUUGCCGUCGCGCUUUCCGCUACUGCACCAAACAAACUCUUGCCGAAAUCAAAAAACUGGACGACGAAGAUCGGCGAGAUCUCGAAAUAUUCGAUCUCCCCAUCCCCAUCGCGAUUUUCGUCGUAAUCGCAUGGAUCUUCAUUUGCUCGGCAACGUUUUGUAUUUGGGAAUCGGACUGGGAUUAUUUCGUCGCCUUUUAUUUCUUCUUCAUUUCGUUGAGUACAAUUGGUUUGGGUGAUAUCACACCAACUCAGCCCAAAUAUUUGCUCAUGUUAUUUAUUUAUAUCAUAAUUGGUCUUUCAUUAGUCUCAAUGUGUAUUAAUCUGAUUCAGGCGAAAUUGGAGCGAACUUAUGAGGCUGGAAGAGUUAUCGAAACUACGAUUCUAAGUGCUGGAGGAGUUAUGGUCGAGGAGAAGAAGGUUAUAAGACGUGGAAGUAGUCUGGGAAUAUUUCGAAGUUCAAGCAGUGCUCAUUCGCUAUCCAGAAGAGAAUCUGCAAAUUCCAAAAAACAUCAUCAAAACAAAAAUAUUCAAACAGUUCUGUCAUUUCCAGCAACUUGCGGGAAAUCUUCGGGAAAUGAUAAUAAUAACGAGUCGCAUAUCUCUAAAACGAUAUCGCAGUCCUCGUCAAAAUAUCGAUUUUUGCCACGUAGUUUAUCGAUUGAUGACGUCAUGCGGAUGGUGGACACGGAGGAUGGCGAUAUUUUGGUGGGUUUUAUUCAAAAGUCAAGAAAAAACACAAAAUUUCCAGGUUCUGACUGAUUUGAUUCGCGACGAGUCGACUUUGAGUGGAACGAGUUGCGAUGAGACGAGUAGUAAUAGCCAGAUUGUUGUGAUUUCCAAAAGUUUCGAGACGACUAUGACUAAUCCAAAGAUGACAGUUCCCACCUCGCAUUCGGAUCCGGGUAGGAAUUUGGAGCAUUUUGAUACCAAAUUUGCAUAUUUUCGGUGAAAAAUUGGAAUUUUUGAAUUUUUUUUCAAAAUUCGUGAAUUUUAAUCACUAUGUCGCUGAAAAUUUCAAUUUCAAACUAUAAUUCAAAAAAAAAUUCCCCUACAGUACCCUAAAUUUACAGUAACCUCCCGCCCCUCAACUUCUUCCACCAUCUCCUCUUCCCAUCACCCGCAAUUCUCCCGCCGCCCGCCUCCCGUUCCCGAAAGCACUUUGGAGCAAUUGGAAGAGCUCGAAGAUCGUCUAGCGUUGAGCCACGCGUCGACACAAUUGCUGGGCAAUACAGUACACUUCAGAUCGCGGUGAGACCCAUUUUCUUUUAUUUAUCUGAAGUAUUAACUGAAUUUCAGGCUCUCGCUGAUUCCCGAGCAAAUUCCAUCGACAGUUGAAGAGGGUUCGGAGCCAACAUCUCCCCUUUCACCGGACGAAAAUUCGGAAAAACACAACCAAAACAAAAAAUUCCGAUUUUUUCGAAGGAAAUGA